UCAUGGCUGCAUAGACACACAGCCUGGAACACAACAACACACACAGUAUGAGGGCGAUGGACGCAUGGGGCUGCCUCUUCCCGCCUCACCCUCUAAGAGCGACGCGUUGCAGUCAGGAUCAUGCCGUCUGACAUGUCAUCCGUGUCGAUGCUGAAGUUGUCGCCGACCUCUGUGCCGAGGUCGGGGAGCAGCUGCUGGAUGGCGCCACGAAUCACCAGCAGCUGCUCCCCGACCUGUAGGUAAGGGAGAAACAAACAGCCCAUUGGAUGCGGCCCGACACAUACAUACAUACACACACACACAUACAUACCGCCUUCCUCGAUGAAGACUUCCAGGUGAUGGAUCUCCGGCAGCAAAUCCCAUUCGUCUCCCCACUGCAGUCCGGCCUCGCCCUCUCCCAGCUCAUCGACAUACAAGUGCACACGCGCCAGCUUUCUCCCUGAACCGACCGCCUUCAGCAGCCCCAACACCUCGCCAGCAGGCGCCGAGUAGUAGACCCCCACCUCGUUCACCUGCGGCAUCAACUUGGCCAAAUAGCACGCAGCCCUCAACGCGGAGCCGCCGCCCUGCAUCCCGAGAGAUGGGAUCCGCCUCGGGCGAGAGGUGGCGGAGCAGAGCGGGGUCGGGUGUUGGUAUAGUGGGAGGGACACCGACCUCAAUUGCUGAUAGUGCCUUGCAGCCGUGGGCAGCCAACACACGCCCUGAUCGACACACGAAGGGGGAGGUCAAGUAAAUCCCACUACUGCGUGCGUGUGCGUACCCUCCGGUUUUGUUGUUCCUGAUCCACGCACAGAAGGAGAGUGGAUCAAUCCCCGCUGAAGCCUACCGGUGCUCUACGGACGGCGGUGGCUUGUUGCCUCUCUUGACGGUUGCCCCACUCACUGGUGUGACGCUGACGACACACAGACGUACCAAUUGCGCCACGCCAUGCUGUGUAUGUCAGCAUCUGUUCGUGUGUCAUACUCUGUGGCGCAAUGUAUGCAUGAUGUCGAUGUGUGGCGCCUGUUGUGGCCCUGUUGUGGCCCUUGGCCGCCGUCAGCGAGAGCUCCCAAUGAAUGAAAGACCUGUGCAUGGGACGGCGGCGAUGAAUGGCACGCAGCAGAGAGACGACAGGUCAAGGCCACUCCAGGCGUUUGUGUACCUCUUCUACGAGCAGCUGUCGAGGCCCACCUCCCUCCUGUGCCAU